GCAGCUUCAUUCGCCCACCCACCCACACGACCGAUCAAUCUCAAAAAAGUUGUUUCAAAGAGCAGAAGGAAAAAAAGCUAAACCUUGCGUAAAAAUCUGUCAAUACUGCGAUUAGCGAUUCGUUUGGCUGCACACACCCGAGUGCACCGUGCUAAUUACAAUGACUAACAAGUGGCAAGAAUGCUGAAUCAAGCACGAAAUUAGUCCUCGCAGCUGGUUUCGCGAGAGAGGAGAGGUCGCGCAAAAGGUGAUUCAUUUCUGCGCGGCGGCGGAACGAAACUUUCUCUUUUUCUGGCGGAGCAAAACAUGGACAAAACACGGGAUAAAAUGGAAGAGAUCAAGUACCGGGUGCUGGAUCUGAUCAACAAAAAGAAGGACGUCAAAAUUCCAAAGAUGGGCUUCACCGACUACUACGUCGUGCAGCAGCAGCAGGGAGUCAGUUCCGGCCAGCAGCGGCAACAUUCGCCGCACGUUCCCGGGGGAGGGCCGAGGCCUGCGUCCAGAGCUGGGAGUUCCUCUGGGAAGGGGUCGGACAUUUACUGUCCCUUUGAUGAUGACGAUGAUGACGGUGGAGAUCAGCUGGAUGCAGCCGGGGACGGAAGUGCGUCGAAACUGUCCGAUCAGGAAAUUCUCGAAUCCACCGAAGCGAUUUAUUUCGAUGCGGGAAGUAGUACCGGGUUGCAUGAGUUGAAGAAACUCUCCGAAACGGACGAGCUGCUCAACUGCGCCAGCAUCGAAAAGGCCAUGACCACGCUCAAGCAGCAGCACAAGGUCGUCUCGAAGAAGGUGCUGCAGCUGAUCCUGGAGCAGCGGUCGGCGUGCAACGCCGAGUUCCAGCGCAUCCAGGAAACCGAAGCCCUGCUGCGCGAAACCAUCGCCAUGUGCCGAACCACCCGGACCCAUCUGGACGGGUCGAAAAAACUGCUCACGACCACCAACUUGGAGAUCCUCGCCGCGUACAAGAAGCGCCAAACGCUGAUCAACCUGCUGAAGACGCUGAACGCGCUGAAGAGCAUGCGCUCGAUCGACCAGCGGCUCCAGAAGCGGCUGUCGGAGGCGGAUUACAGCGGUGCCAUCGCGAUACUGCUCGAAAACAAGAAUCUUUCGGAGCGAUUCCAGCAGUACAACUGCAUCGAGUCGCUGUCGACGAAGCUGCAGGACACGCUGCUGUUGAGCGAAGUUCAGCUGGAGGCGGUCCUGAACGAAAUCCCGACCGUUGGGUUCGACGCGAAAAAGUACGCGAAACUGCAGGAGGCGUACAAACUGCUCGAAAAGCAGCUGAUCGCGAUGGACCAGCUGCACAUGAACUUUAUCUCGUCGAUUCACACGGCGGCGUUUACGGUGCUGAAGCGGCACAUGGAGGACCGGCGGUUGGACGUGGACGGUUCUACAAGUAGCAGUAGCAGCAGUAGUGGGUCGAGCGGGGGAACGGGAUCAACGGUGGGCGGGGCCGGUGGUGGGAAGCCGCAGCAGCAGAAGUUGACGUUUGAGCAGAUGUGCGAAAAUGUGCCGAGUGAGAAGUACAUUCACUGCUUGACGGAUUUGUGCCGGGCGUUCUGGAAGAUACUGGUGUCGUAUUAUCAGGUUCGAUGCUGGCACCAGAACCAAAAGCUGUACGAGAAGGGCCAGGAAGCGCAGCGGAAAAACUCCGUCGACCCUGCCCCAUCCGCCGUGCCCACCUUCCACGAUGAGUACAUCGAGCAGAAGCUGGAAAGUGGCCAGUUCCGGCUGUGGAACGACAUCCAGGCAAAGAUCGGGGUCUUCAUCAACAGCACCCGGUUGAGUGCGCUCAAGUACGAGUACUUUAUCCAGAUCCUGGCGAUCGUGCAGCGGCUGAAGAAGGUCGGGCUGGAGUUCUGCGAGGACCCGUCGGAGAAGCUGAUGGAGCACAUGCAGCGCCAGAGCGUGGAGUUCUUCCGGCGGUACCACGUGGCGUGUUUGGAGGAGAUUGGACUGUUCUUUGACCACGAGGUUUGGGUUCCGAUUGGGAGUUUCAGCGACGUGAGUCAGCUGCAGGAGUACAAGAACUUUAAGCACGCGUUGGUGAAGGGGCAGAACGGGGUUGUUGGAAGGGGUGGAAGGUCGUCCAGUCAGGAGAACAAGACGUUGGAGGGGAUGGGGAACAGCGCUUCUUCGGUGCACUCGCAGGACGAGAGUUCGCUGUACGGGUCUUGCGGGUAUUUCCUGCGGUUUACCGAGAAGAGUUCACCGUUCGACGGGGGUUUCGAUUGUACGAUGCUGGAGGAGGACAUUUUGGCGGGGAUCGCGGACGAAUCCUCGUACUACUAUUCGGAAGACAGCAGCGACAACAACGAGAUCUGCUUCCAGGACCAAAGUCCGGAAGCGAAGCAGGCGAAACCAUCGACAACUUCAAGCAGCGGCCUUACCGUAACCAACACUUCCCUAACCGUCCUGCGGUGCAUCGGUCGCUACCUGUACUUCUGCAAGCUCCUCCACUCGAUCGCGCCGCACAUCGUGACCUCCAUGACCGAGCUGAUCGACUUCUAUCUCUACUCCGUGCACGAGCUCUUCUCGCGGGACCUCCCCGUCCCCCGGGACAACCUGUACUCCCCAGCCCUCAAACGCCAACUGACCCGCAUCCAGCAGACCGUCAUCACCAAACUGCGCAAGUGGCCCCUCUCGGACGAGAUGAUCCGCGACGACCUCGCAAACCCCGAGCUCAUGUACGGCCUGCAGCGGCGCAUCGUUGCCGUCGAGAGUGGCCUCGGACUGAUCGCCCAGUUCCGGCUGAUGCAGGACUACCUGCUCGGGCUGCUCGGCGCCGAUCCCUCCGCCCAGGACCGGCUCCGCCAGUACGUGAGCGAUGCGACCGAGUGCGUGCCGGACGUCCGCAAGCCGGUGUACAUGUGCGUGACGGCGCGGAUCGUCGACUUGCAGAACAUCCUGCACGCCAUGGGCAAGGUCAAGUGGGACGUGAACCACGUGAACGUGCAGCACAGUUCCUACAUCGAUACGAUGAACAGGGGAGUUCAACACUUUGCCAUGCGGCUGGAAGAGAUCUCCGCUCAGCUGGUCAACAUUCCAAAGGACGCUCUCUGGGAUUGCUUCGUGCACGUGCUAACGCAUCUACUGGUGGAAGGUUUCGCCGCCGCGAAAAAGUGCUCCGCCGGUGGUCGCGCCCUGAUGCAGCUGGAUUUUACCCACUUUAUCUCGAUCCUGGAGAUCAUAUCCGGAGGGAAGUAUCCGGAACAUCGGGCGUACGUCGAGCAGUACGUGAAGGCGUACUAUCUGCCCAAGGACCUGCUGGAGCAGUGGCUGGUGGAGGGUUUCGGGCGCGGUUAUUCCGUCAAACAUCUGACCGGUGUGGUGCAGUGCGCCUGCACGAGCGAUAAGAAGUUGCGCCAACGGUUGCUGGCCCUGGUGGAAAGUUCCGGAGGAGGGGGAACGGCUGGCGGUGAUAACGGCGAUCUGAACAAGGAAUCUUAAAGUAUUGUUUUGUGGUAUCUCUUUUGGUAGUGAUGAAUUGUUUUAAUUUUAGCGGGAAUCUAAAAGCAACUUAUUAAAAGACAUUAUAAUUAUGUAGCAAAAUAAUCUCAUUGUUUUAUUAUUUUUACAAACUAUAUUAUUAAACACGAUUUAUGAGUUUAUUUUAUUUAACAGAACAAAGCUAUGUACACAUGAGUAGAAAUAUAAAAAAGACAAAGUUUAACAAAUUA